CAUGAGUGAGGAGUGUGUGCGCGCGUUCACGUGUGUGUACGUGUGUGUGUGUGUGUUUUGGCCAGAUAUCUCCAUCUAAGCCCUGCGCUAUAAUUGAAAUGGCGCAUUUGGCCGCAGGCGGGUUGUGAGGGCUGCUUUCUGCUGCAGCGUGCAUGCACGUCCGUGGACGUCAUUUGAUUCGGAUGGCCUGCGGGAAGUGUGCUCUUGCAACAUCAUCAUCAUCAUCAUCAUCAUCAUCAGACAUUGAGGCAAAGAGCAGCAAAGGAGGGGACGAAGACUGUGCAGCUGCAACUUUUGGUGAAGGAGAACAUCUGCUGCUUCAGUUUUAUAGCCUGGGAAAAGCGCGCAAAUAUAUGUAAGAUAUCUGCGCAGGCAUCGUUUGGAGGAAGAAAAAAAAAGAGGAGAAGGAGGGAGGAGAUGCAAAGAGAGGGUGGGCUGGAGGGGGGGAAUAUGAAGGCUUUUCUUCCUUGAGAAAAUUGCCUUGGCGGGAGAGUGGAGUUGAGUUAAUUGUAGCCUAAUCCCUGGCCCAGAGGCGCUUGGGCAGCCCGGAGCCAGAUUCUUCUUCUUCUUCUUCUUCUCGUCGUCUGUUUUAGCUCUCUUAUUUGGAGAUGAUUGGGUUUCUUCUACUAACAAACCACAGCAGCACUUUCAUUUAAGAACCCCUCGCCAAAAAAAAAAGGAGGAAUAAGAGCGAUUUUUUUUUUACGCGCGUCCAAACGCAAGAACGGGAGGGAAGGAAAGGAAGCGAAAGGAAAGGAGGAGAUCAUCUCAUCGAUGUUCAAGGAGGCAGACCACCGGAUUCCCAUCUUGGACUCCAAUUACCAUGUUUGAAACGGAGGGGCGAAGCAUGUCACGGCUCUCUCUGACCCGGUCCCCGGUCUCUCCCCUGGCCGCCCAGGGCAUCCCUCUGCCGGCCCAGCUCACCAAAGCCAACGCACCCGUGCACAUCGACGUGGGCGGCCACAUGUACACCAGCAGCCUGGCCACCCUCACCAAGUACCCCGACUCAAGGAUAAGUCGCCUCUUCAACGGUACCGAGCCCAUCGUGUUGGACAGCUUGAAGCAGCACUACUUCAUAGAUCGUGACGGAGAGAUAUUCCGCUACAUCCUCAGUUUCCUCAGGACCAGCAAAUUGCUGCUUCCGGAAGACUUCAAGGACUUCCAGCUGCUCUACGAGGAGGCGCGCUACUACCAGCUGACGCCCAUGAUCAAGGAGCUGGAGCGCUGGAAGCAGGAGCGCGAGCAGCGGCGCAUGGCGCAGCCCUGCGACUGCCUGGUGGUGCGCGUCACCCCCGACCUGGGGGAGCGGAUCGCCCUCAGCGGCGAGAAGGUCCUCAUCGAGGAGAUCUUCCCUGAGACGGGAGACGUCAUGUGCAACUCUGUCAACGCCGGCUGGAACCAGGACCCGACCCACGUCAUCCGCUUCCCCCUCAAUGGCUACUGCAGGCUCAACUCCGUCCAGGUCCUGGAGCGUCUCUUCCAGAAAGGCUUCAGCGUGGCGGCGUCGUGCGGCGGCGGCGUGGACUCGUCCCAGUUCAGCGAGUACGUGCUGUGUCGCGAGGACCGGCGGAGUCUGUCCAUCAACACGCCCAUCAGGAUAAAACAAGAACCCUUAGACUAGACCCCUUCCCCCCCCGCCCGCCCGCCGCCAUCCUGAUGUCCACUUCCUGUCCUGAGUGGACCGGACCUGGACUCGGGAGACUUCCAGUAAGUUCCGGCAGGGGCUCGCUCGCCUCUGAGGAGAAUGUAGACAACAUCCGGGAUCCCCACUAGGAUCCAGUAGAUCCCUUGGAGGAUUACUUCUGGGACGCGAGGAAAGACGAGGACAUGCCCACUCCUCCAUGAUGUCAUCGCUCUUCUUCUCUUCUUCCUUCCAAUCACGCCUCGCUGUUAAAAAAAAAGAGCAUUCUUGGAAUUAUUUUCACCCGCUUUGCUCUUUCUGACCUUUUCUUGUCUUCUGGACAAGGAGCCAAGAAGAUAUUUUUGAUUCUUCUUUUCACGUCUCUCAACAUAUCUUUCCACCUUUUGUCCCAGGGUGAAAAAGUACUCCAGCAAAAAGAGUGACCUGAUCUUUUUCUUUGGCUUUUUUAUUUUUUGCACUUAAAGGUUUCCACCGUGACAACAAACUAAGUCCACAAACACUCUGGUGUUUUGAAAUAUUGAUUUUGUCUCUUUCACCCCCGGGAGAAUGAUGAUUAUUCGUUUUUUUAAUCAUGAAAAUGGUUUAAAAAGGACAUGAAAUGUUUUUUUUAGCCACAACAAAUGUCACGGUAUAAAAUAUAAAAAAAAAACACAUUUGGUGACGACAAAUAUGCGAGUAAUUUUAAACAAAAGUUAUAUAUUUUGUUUCAUUUCAUUCCAUCACAAAAACGGCCACGCCCCCAUUUUUUAUUUACAUGUUGAUUCAAAUUUUGAAAAAAUUUGCUGGUAUUUUUUAUUUUAAAAAGUUAAAAAGAUUUUUCCACCACAAAAAAUGUAACACUUCUUUUCUGUUUUCUUAAUCUCCUUAAAAAAAAAUAUUACCACUGUGAUUAAGAUAAAAACCUUUGGUGACCACAAAUAUAUUUUUUAUUUUUUGUUUUUGUUUUUUUAAUUUUUGUUUUUUCAUGACUACAACUUUUUUCUUUUUAAUUAUUCUAUUACAAAAAAGGUAACGGUCCAAAUUUUUUUUUGCCUUCUUUUAAUAAAAAUAAAAAUAUGUGGUCACAAAAUUAAACUCUUAAAUUUAAAAAAAUAUUUAGAAAAAUAUAUGUAAUUUUCUUAUUCAAAUUCAAUGUGCCAGCAGAAAAUAAAAUGGUAAAUAAAAUAAAAUCACAAUGUGAUUUUUGAAUAAAAAUAUUUUUUUAAUUUUACAUUGUUUCAACAACAAACCAAACUUUUUUUUUUAAAUGCUGUUUAGCCAAUCAAACUAAAUACUUCAAAUGAAUGAAAGAAAACCAGAGUAUUAUUUGAAACGGAUCAUGAAAAUAAAGCAGUAAAUUCAUUUAAAUGUUGAAAAAUGACACAAAAAAUACUUCUCAAUUAUUUACACUGAAAUAAUUUGUCUAAUGUUGAUCAAAUUAGAAAACAUCUGAAUAAAGAAAGAACUAAUUUAAUCACCCCCUUUUUUUUAAUUAAAAAAAUAUAUAUUUUCAAUGAAAAUUGAAUAUUCAGUAAAUACAAUUUUUCCUAUUCUUUUGUCAAAUGCUAGAGUGUAUUUGUGAAUUAAAAACAGAUUCAUUUACAGUACUUUUUUUUUUAAAAGAAGAUAACAUUUGAAAAUACCUUAGUGGGCGUGGACGAGGCUUGUUUACAAAAAGAGCGCAGCUGAGACGGCGCACAUGUUUGUGAUUGUACAAAAAUGUUUUAUUUGUCACUUUUAUUUCUAAGAAGAAGUGCGUCAUAAAAAUGUGUGCCGACUACAAACCGCUUUGUUCCUUGUGUGAGUCGACUACAGCCACAAACGGGAUGAAAAGUGAAGUGGGGGAGGGUGGGGGGACAACAAUUUAUGAUGUAAGACAUUUUGUAUUUUUUGCAUCAAACAUGGAGAUUUGUGUGUGUGUGGCUUAUUCGCUGUUUGUUGACAAAACAAACAUAUUUUUUUUUUUAAUUUAGAAAAUGAAUCUAUAAAAAAAAAGGAUCGAAGCAGAGCCUCCAAAGGGGGGCGCACUCAAAGGGAAUACGCAAAGCAGGCCAGUGGAGAACCGGAGCCAGCGCCCCCUACUGGUGCCUUCUGGAAUGAAAAAUCGCACCGCAACAACUUUUCUGUGCCGGAGUGACUUUUCCCAGGAGUCGCGUCCAAAACAAAAAAAAAACUUCGAACCUGACUUUUUCUCCCGGAUUUUCAGAAGUUGGCCAAGUUUUAUUUAUUUCUUAGCCGACAAUAACGCGAUGAAGUCCUGACCACUUUUCUCAGACGCUGCCCCCUAGUGGAAACUCACUUGUACAGCAGAGUUGUUUUUUUGUUUUUUUUUAAAGCACCCCCCCCACUCAAAAAAAAGACGUUGUACAUACGGAUUUAAGCGUUUUAAAGGGUAUAAUAAUAAUAUUAUUAAUAUGUAUAUUAUUUAAAAUGUUUAAGAACAAUUAGACUGUGGUAUGAUAAAGGGCAUGUGUUUAUUUGCAGUGACUUUUCUUGCAUAUUUGCGAUAAUAAAAGGAUGUACUGGA